AUGCCUGGGUAUGCAAAAUUCAUGAAGGACUUGGUGACCAAAAAGAGGGAUGUUAGUUUUGAGAAUGAUGAGAGGUUGCAGCAUUGUAGUGCCAUUUCAACGAGGUCACUGGUACAACACAAAGAGGAUCCCAGAGAUUUAACUAUUCCUUGCACCAUCGGUAAGAUGAUUUUUGCAAAGGCCUUGUGUAAUUUAGGGGCAAGAAUUAAUUUGAUGCCAUUGUCAAUUUAUAAGAAGUUGGGUUUAGGAGUUCCAAAACCAACUGCGAUGCGUUUACUUAUGGCUAAUAGAACUGUGAAGAAGCCCAUUGGAGUGCUUCAGGAUAUCCUUGUGAAAGUGGGGCCAUUUAUUUUUCCGGUGGACUUUGUGAUACUUGAUUGCGAAGUUGACUUUGAGGUUCCCAUCAUCUUAGGGAGACCAUUCCUCGCCACUGGGUGCGCCUUAGUCGAAAUGGAGAAAGGACAGAUGAAGUUUCGACUGAAUAAGAAGGAGGUGACAUUUAAUUUUGAGGAGAGGGCCACACCUAUCAGAUCACCGGCUGGCUCAGAGUCGCAGUCCGGCUCUAGUUCUACCGGCAGUACUGCCUCUUCAGCAGACUCAGACAGCUAUAGCGAUAGCCCGAUACCUACUAGCAUUGAGCCUGCUUCCAAGGCUUAUGAGCCUAAAAUAUGGUGUGUCUCGGGCCAGUAUCAGCUUUAG